CUCCGACCUCCAUGACAGAAGCAGCAAGUCAUCCUGACGGCGCCACUUUCUUCACCGGCAGCGAAGGGAAGAACGUGAGUUUGUUGCCGCGGUUCUUCACCCAUUUUUUUUUAUUUUGUGUGUAACUCCCUGAAAGCAAAUAACGACACAUGGAGCCCCCGAACCCGAACACGGAGGCCAAGAAGAUGUUGCUGAGCCACGCGAAGACCUUGAGGCUCCACACUGGAAACCUCGUCAACAGAACUCGCCUGAAAAAGAAAUGUCCGUGCUCUCCCAGCGAGGAGCUCCAAGAGUGCAUCCAAGCGACACUGAGCAGCUGGGUCUGCACGAUACAACCCCCGACGGAGAACCUCCCAGACACGCUGGACUGCAACAUCCCGCUGGCUGCGGACGCGAUCGCACCUGAGGAGAGGGAGGAGCUUAAGGUGUCAGCCAAAUUCUUCCUGUUUGAAUCGGAUCAGUCGUCCAUCAGAGACGCAGUAGACAUGGCCUGUCAGACGCUGGCCGUGUCCCAGCUGGACUCCGUCAUCAUCGCACCGCGCGGCCUCCUGGGCGGCGACAACCGCACCUUGGCUUCCCUCCAGCCGGCGUGGGAGGAGCUGGAGGCUCUGGUCCGCAGUCAGAGGAUCGCCGCCAUCGGCACCGCCGACCUGGACAAAGACCUGCUGGAGCAGCUCUACAACUGGGCUCAGGUGAAGCCCAGCAGCAACCAAGUGAACCUGGCCUCCUGCUGCGUCAUGCCCCCCGACCUCACCGCCUUCGCCAAGGAGUUUGACAUCCAGCUCCUGACGCACAACGAUCCCACCGAGUUGAUGUCCGCCGCCACCUUCCAGGAGGCCAUGCAGGAGGGCACGCAGCAUCUCAGCGCGGGCGACUGGAGGCUGGAGUGGGUCCUGCGCUACUCCGUCAUCGUCAAGAGCCGCGGCAUCAUCAAGGCCAUGGGCUACCUGUUCAGCGCGAGGAAGGCGGACCUCUAGCGCCCCCUAUUUAUAUCCAUUUGUACCACGUGCAAAGUUCUGCAACAUGGGCGCUGACUAUCAACAGGAACCAUGACAUCAGUUUACCGUACUUGUCAGAUAACUACAUCCUCUUUUACUACGUUUUUAUCAAAAAUGGAAGCUAUUCAUGCCGGAUCCGUCACUUUUCCUAUGAACUUAUCUGCUGAUUUUUAUCAUGUUUUUGAAGAGUGAGAAUAUGUCCAUGAAGUGAGGCUGCCAUAUCCAGCUCUGGUACAUGUUUCUUGGGUGCGGGAUAAAAAACGAUCUUGCACAAAAAUCUGUGCUAUUAAUACGCAGCUGUUGUAUAUCUGAUCUGGAUCGUGUCAAACUUUGUACAAUAUUCACGGAAAAUGUAGUUUCGCUGAGUAAAUCAUGCCUGGUGACGUGGAAGACGGUUUUAGCAUCUUUGCCCUGUUCAAAUGUGAAGUGCCUGGCAGCAGUCGAUGCUCACUCUCAAGCCUGCUUCGGAGUAUUUCUGUUAUACAUUAUUUCUUGGCAACUCAUUUCCAUUCCUCAAUUUUUUUUUUAACUAAGUAGAUCAUGAUCUAGAUUAAAGUGUCUAAUGUAAUCUAUUUGUGAUAUUAACUAACAUUUUAUUGACUUAUUGGAUGGCCUAAGCGGCCAGUAACAAGUAAUAUUUGGAUUUCAGGGUUUUUAGAAGCUUGUGCUAUGUAUGGGUUUUUAAUCGGACAUUCUAUUUAUGAAUCAUAAGUCAUAUGAUCGGGUAAAUAACAUCAAAAUAUGCUGUAAUGCACUGUAAAAAAAAAAAAUCUGUAUAUCACUUUAUUAAAGUGUAUAGAAAAUA